CAAAAUCCAGAAAACAACACGGGCGGAGUCGAGAACCCAAGAGCGACGUGCGCGGGGACGAGAAGGAGAAUCGAGGUUCCGCGCGGGCGGAGACGAGAAGCAGCGCUCGGGCACGCGGGGACGGCGGCCGGCGCGGGCGGGCGCGGCCUUUGUCUCCACCUCCAGCGCGCUCCGCGGCUGCACCGGCCCGAUGAGCCCGCGGCCCCCCGGCUCUCGGGCCGCCCGCAGCCCCUGACCUGACCUGCCCUCGCCAUGGCCGAAGCCACCUCCAACGCCGGGGGCACGUCCCUGGAGGGCGAGCGUGGCAAGAGGCCCCCGCCUGAGGGCGAGCCUGCAGCCCCGGCGUCCGGAGUUCUGGACAAGCUUUUUGGGAAGCGGCUCCUGCAGGCUGGUCGCUACCUGGUGUCCCACAAGGCGUGGAUGAAGACGGUGCCUACGGAGAACUGCGAUGUGCUGAUGACCUUUCCAGACACGACUGAUGACCACACGCUGCUAUGGCUGCUGAACCACAUCCGCGUGGGCAUCCCCGAGCUCAUCGUACAAGUCCGCCACCACCGCCACACGCGUGCCUAUGCCUUCUUCGUCACCGCCACGUAUGAGAGGCGAGUCUCUGUCCCUAGCCUCUCGCUGACCCGGCUCCCCAGCUCCCCACCCUUCCAAGCACUAACUGUGAGGUCUAGCGCCCUGCAUUUGUCCCAGGUGGCUGCCAGGUAUACCAACCCUAGCGCCAGGAAGGUGAGCCAGGGUCUCUCCAUGAUGCCACCUCCCUGUCUCCCUGGCAGCCUGCUUCGAGGAGCCGACGAGCUGGGUCUGCGCAAAGCAGUGAAGGCCGAGUUUGGCGGGGGCACCCGCGGCUUCUCCUGCGAGGAGGACUUCAUCUACGAGAAUGUGGAGAGUGAGCUGCGCUUCUUCACCUCCCAGGAACGCCAGAGCAUCAUCCGCUUCUGGCUGCAGAACCUGCGAGCCAAGCAGGGCGAGGCACUACACAACGUGCGCUUCCUGGAGGACCAGCCAAUCAUCCCUGAGCUGGCAGCCCGCGGGAUCAUCCAGCAGGUGUUCCCGGUCCAUGAGCAGCGCAUCCUGAACCGCCUCAUGAAGUCGUGGGUGCAAGCUGUGUGUGAAAACCAGCCUCUAGAUGACAUCUGUGACUACUUCGGAGUAAAGAUUGCCAUGUACUUUGCCUGGCUGGGUUUCUACACAUCAGCGAUGGUAUACCCAGCCGUCUUUGGCUCUGUCCUGUACACUUUUACGGAGGCUGAUCAGACAAGCCGGGAUGUAUCGUGUGUGGUUUUUGCCCUCUUCAACGUGGUCUGGUCAACCCUGUUCUUGGAGGAGUGGAAACGGAGGGGGGCGGAGCUGGCCUACAAAUGGGGGACGCUGGACUCACCUGGGGAAGCAGUGGAGGAGCCACGGCCCCAGUUCAGGGGUAUCCGGCGCAUCAGCCCUGUGACGCGGGCUGAGGAGUUCUACUACCCACCCUGGAAGCGGCUGCUUUUCCAGCUGCUCGUGAGUCUCCCCUUGUGCCUCACCUGCCUGGCCUGUGUGUUCCUGCUCAUGCUCGGCUGCUUCCAGCUGCAGGAGCUGGUGCUGAGCGUGAAAGGGCUGCCUCGUCUUGCCCGCUUCCUGCCCAAGGUCGUGCUGGCCCUGCUGGUCAGCGUGAGCGCAGAGGGCUACAAGAAGCUCGCCAUCUGGCUCAACGACAUGGAGAAUUACCGGCUGGAGAGCGCCUAUGAGAAGCACCUCAUCAUCAAAGUCGUCCUGUUCCAGUUUGUCAACUCAUACCUGAGCCUCUUCUACAUUGGCUUCUACCUCAAGGACAUGGAGCGCUUGAAAGAGAUGCUGGCCACUCUGCUGAUCACCCGCCAGUUCCUCCAGAACGUGCGUGAGGUCCUGCAGCCGCACCUGUACCGGCGGCUGGGCCGUGGCGAGCUUGGCCUACAGGCUGCCUGGGAGCUGGCCCGUGCCCUGCUUGGCCUGCUGAGCCUCCAGCGCCCUGCACCCCGCCGCCUUGAACCCCAGGCCGAAGAGGGUGGCGGAGGCGGCAGCGGGGGCCGCAGGUGUCUCAGUGGGGGCUGUGGGGCACCUGAGGAGGAGGAGGAGGCUACCGUGGAGCGGCGGCCCGCAGGGGAAGGUGGGGAGAUGGGGGAUGGGCCCCGGGGAGGCAAGGAGGAAGAAGAGGAGGAGGAGGAGGAUGAGGAGGAGGAGGAGGAGGAGGAAGAUGAGGAGGAGGAGGGUGAGGAGAGCGGCCUCCUGGACUGUGGGCUCCGGCUGAAGAAGGUCAGCUUUGCUGAACGAGGGGCUGGGCGGCGGCGACCUGGCCCAGAGGCCCUCCUGGAGGAGGGGAGCCCCACUAUGGUGGAGAAGGGGCUGGAGCCGGGAGUAUUCACACUGGCUGAAGAAGACGAUGAGGCCGAAGGGGCUCCCGGCAGUCCCGAGCGGGAGCCUCCGGCCGUCCUGCUCCGCCGGGCUGGGGGCGAGGGCCGUGACCAGGGGCCAGACGGGGGCCCAGACCCGGAGCCAGGUUCGGGCGACUCAGCCCGGAGGCAGCGGCGACAGAAUCGGUCAUCCUGGAUUGACCCACCCGAGGAGGAGCACUCACCCCAGCUUACCCAGGCCGAGCUUGAGAGCUGUAUGAAGAAGUACGAGGACACGUUCCAGGACUACCAGGAGAUGUUCGUGCAGUUCGGCUAUGUGGUACUCUUCUCGUCUGCCUUCCCCCUGGCCGCUCUGUGCGCCCUGGUCAACAACCUCAUCGAGAUCCGAAGCGACGCCCUCAAGCUGUGUACGGGGCUGCAGCGGCCCUUCGGGCAACGGGUUGAGAGCAUCGGCCAGUGGCAGAAGGUGAUGGAGGCCAUGGGUGUCCUGGCGAUCGUGGUCAACUGCUACCUGAUCGGCCAGUGCGGGCAGCUGCAGCGCCUCUUCCCCUGGCUCAGCCCCGAAGCGGCCAUCGUGUCUGUGGUGGUGCUCGAGGUGGGGCUGGUGGCCGGGGAGGGGGGCGGGAGACACGAACGCCAGGCCCAGCACCGCUAUCAGCAGCAGCAGCGGCGGCGGCGGGAGGAGGAGGAGCGCCAGCGCCACGCGGAGCACCAUGCCCGGCGAGAGCGCGACGCCAGCGGCCGGGAGGAGGCUCGGGCCGAAGGCUCAGGGCUGGACCCUGCUGCCCCUGAGAAGGCCUCUGCCAAGGCCAAGGGCAGUGGGGCAGGCGGCCACGGGCAAGAGCGGCCCAAGCGCCCGGGGUCCUUGCUGGCACCCAACAACGUCAUGAAGCUGAAACAGAUCAUCCCGCUGCAGGGCAAGUUCCUGUCGUCUGGGGCCGCAUCCUCACUGGCCAGCGCGGGGGCUGGCCCUGCCGCCCGGCCACCCCCUGCCCAGUCACCCACGGGUAGCGACACCCGCCUGCCAGCCUUCCUCAGCUUCAAGUUCCUCAAGUCGCCUGAGACACGGCGGGACCCAGAGCGUAGCCACUCACCGCCCAAGGCCUUCCACGCUGGCAAGCUCUUUCCUUUCGGUGGGGCCCGGGCUGACGCCGGGUCCAACGGGGCAGGUGGGCAGGCCCGGCUGGAUGGCACCCCCAGCGGCGGAGGAGGCCGAGCCCAGCGGAGUGGGCCGGUGGACGAGGCUGCGGCUGAGGAGCCGGACGCCCCCCGGCCUGAAGAGGAAGGCUCAGGGACAGCGCUGGCCCCCGUGGGCGCCCCUGCCCUCCGCACCCGCCGCAGCCGGAGCCCCGCGCCGCCGCCGCCGCCGCCAACGCCGCUGCCCCGGCCCCCGACGCCGCCCGCAGGCUGCUGGCAGUGGGACGGGCCCCUCCCGCCCCCGCCGCUGCCGCCCACCUCCGAGCCCCCGGAGCCCCCGGCGCCCUCGCCCAGCCCCAGCCCCAGCCCCCGCCCCCAGGCCGUGUGCUGGCCCAGCGGCUGGCAUUAGCUCCACCCGCCCGCCCUGCCUUCCUGUUCUCAUAUGCAAUAUCAGUCGUGCACCGGGGCGGCGGCCGCCACCCAGAAAACGCGCUUCGGCUCGACGGCCCCCAGUAUUGGCUGCCCCAUCCUGGGGCAGGGCUGGGGGCCGGGCCCCUCCCCCCCAUCUGCCGUUUUCCUUUCGACCGGGAUGGGGGAAAGGAAACCCCCCAAAACCAACAGAAAACACACAGAAUAGGCGAUUAUUUAUUUGUUUUUAAUUUAUUUUGUCAUAUUUUUGUAAAACGGCAGAAAUGCAAUAAAAAGUAUAUUUCAACAGUGCCCGAGGACAGAGCAGUGGAAGGGAGGGGGUCAGGGGGCCCAGUGACUUGUAGUUGGCGCCGGCUUUUUGGGGACCUAGCAGGCCUAGGGUGGGUGCCCCUCCCAUCCUGUGACCCUUGGGGGCCUCCUCCUAAGAACUGGGUCUUGAGGCCACAGAUGGAAAACUCCAGACUGCGCCAACUCUGAGACGGCCCAGAUUUGGGGGCCGAGUCCAGGCCUGGGGCCCCUGGGA